AUGUCUUACGGUGGAGGCUACGGUUCUUCUCGAGACCACUAUGGCAGUGGUGGUGGCGGGCACUCUAGAGGUGGUGGCUACGGAGGUGGGGGCUAUGGAGGCAGCAAUGGCCACUCCCAUGGCCACUCCAGCGGCGGUGGUUAUGGCUCGUAUGGAGGAGGUGCUGGCGGCCACGGCAGUGGUUACGGUGGUGCUGGGGGCGACAGAAUGUCAAAUCUUGGUGCCGGCUUGAAGACGCAAAAUUGGGACCUGUCGACCCUGCCCAAAUUCGAAAAAUCGUUCUACAAAGAACAUCCUAGCGUUACACAGCGAUCCUCCCAGGAGGUUGACGCGUUUCGCAAAGAGCAGGAAAUGACUGUGCAAGGCAAAAAUGUCCCUCGUCCAGUGGAAACUUUCGACGAAGCUGGGUUCCCCCAGUACGUUAUGUCAGAGGUUAAGGCCCAAGGUUUUGCGAAGCCCACGGCUAUUCAGUCUCAAGGCUGGCCCAUGGCCCUCUCUGGUCGUGAUGUAGUUGGUAUUGCCGAAACUGGAUCCGGAAAGACUUUGACGUACUGUUUGCCUGCUAUAGUUCACAUUAACGCCCAGCCUCUCCUCGCCCCAGGAGAUGGCCCCAUCGUCCUUGUUCUUGCGCCUACUCGUGAGUUGGCAGUUCAGAUACAAACUGAGAUUACCAAAUUUGGGAAAUCAUCUCGUAUUCGGAAUACUUGCGUUUACGGUGGUGUCCCCAAGGGACCUCAAAUUCGUGACCUAACUCGUGGUGUCGAAGUUUGUAUCGCCACUCCAGGUCGAUUGAUCGACAUGUUGGAGGCGGGAAGAACUAACCUACGACGUGUUACUUACCUUGUCCUCGAUGAGGCAGAUCGUAUGCUUGACAUGGGUUUCGAACCCCAGAUCCGCAAGAUUGUUUCACAGAUUCGUCCUGACCGACAAACUUGCAUGUGGUCUGCUACUUGGCCCAAAGAUGUCCGGCAACUUGCCCAGGACUUCCUCCACGACUAUAUUCAGGUCAAUAUUGGCUCUAUGGAUUUGUCCGCUAACCACAGAAUCACUCAAAUCGUGGAAAUUGUUUCGGAAUUCGAGAAACGUGACCGAAUGGCGAAGCAUCUUGACCGUAUUAUGGAGGAGAAUAAAAGUGCCAAAGUCCUCAUUUUCACUGGAACCAAACGCGUUGCUGACGACAUCACUCGAUUCCUCCGGCAGGAUGGAUGGCCUGCGCUUUCUAUCCACGGUGACAAACAACAAAAUGAACGCGAUUGGGUCUUGAACGAAUUCAAGACUGGAAAAAGUCCCAUCAUGGUUGCCACCGAUGUGGCUUCCCGUGGUAUUGAUGUUCGCGAUAUUACUCAUGUGUUGAACUAUGACUAUCCGAACAACUCGGAAGAUUAUGUUCACAGAAUCGGCCGGACAGGUCGUGCCGGUGCCAAGGGAACUGCAAUUACCUUGUUCACCACUGACAAUGCUAAGCAGGCUCGUGAUCUGGUUUCUAUCCUCACUGAGUCCAAACAGCAGAUCGAUCCUCGCCUUGCCGAAAUGGCCCGCUACGGCGGUGGCGGUGGUGGUGGCAAUCGAUGGGGUGGUCGUGGCCGCGGCCGUGGCGGCUUCACCGCUUCCAAUGCUGCACCCUUGGGCAACAAUCGCCGCUGGUAA